GAUGGAUCCAUAUCAGUCGUGCUUUAGCGAUACGUAGGUGCGUACCCUACCCAAAACCCCUGAAUGGAGCUGUACUACAACAUUGUGUCGCCGCCGUGCCAGAGCGUGCUGCUCGUGGGCAAAAAGCUGGGCAUCACGUUCGACCUGAAGGAAGUGAAUCCUCAUCUCCCGGAAGUGCGCGAACAGUUGCGGAAGUUCAAUCCCCAACACACCAUACCGACGUUCAUUGAGGAUGGACACGUCAUUUGGGAGUCGUACGCGAUCGCCAUCUAUCUGGUGGAGAAGUACGGCAAUGGCGACGAUGCGCUCUACCCGCGCGAUCCGAAGGUACGGUCCGUCGUGAACCAACGGCUGUUCUUCGACAAUGGCCUUAUGUUCAAGAGUGCCAUCGAGUACGUGGAGUGUAUUUUGAAGAAAAAGCUCGAACCAACGGAAGAAAUGCAGCAGCGGCUGAAGAAAGCGCUUGGAUUGUUGGAGUCGUUCGUGAAGGAGCGAGCGUUCGUCGCCAGCGAUCAUCUAACGAUCGCCGAUAUCUGUCUGCUGAGCAGUGUGACACUGCUAACCGGCAUCAAGUACGAUCUGGCCACCUUCCCGGGCAUUACGGCCUGGGUCGCUCGUGUUACCGGUGAGCUUCCGGACUACGGCGAGUUCCACAAGGAGCUGUACGAGAAGAGCAUGGAGUACAUUAAAACGCUGUAGGAAGGAAAAUACGGUGGCGUUUGACGCGGUGCAUUUGUCUCGAAUUUGUUGAACACAGAGCUUAAUAUACUCAUGAGAAGGGGAACAAACAUA